UUCACUCUAUACUCCAGCUCAGCUCAGUUGUAAUGUUAUAAUCAGCUGUUUUCUCACAUGUUAACUGUGAUGUAACAUGAAGUUUCUACUGUUACUUUCGUUAAUCCCUCUUCUGGGGGUCCAGAGCAGAGUUUUGUUUCCUGAGGAAUUAGUUUCAUUCUUAUCCUUUGUAUAUUCUGUUAUUCCUCCAGUCAAAAUAGGUCAAGACAGCAGAGUCGGAGCUGGUUUCCGAGUGGGGCCAAACGCAGAUUUCCAGAUCUUGUUGGAGUUGGGGCCUCAAAGUGAGACUCAGUCAUUGGGGCCUGACGGGGUUAACACUAGAGAUGCGAGGACUCCCAACCUACAUAAGAGCUUGAAAAGUAAAAAACACAACUUCCAGACAAAGAACAAAACCCUAACUGAAGCUAAAGAGAAACCCAACUCACACACUACUGAAGACAACUCAACUGUAACUAAAACAAUGGAGACUGCAACCCAUAACUUCACUGAAAGUUCCUAAAGUUUCAGAAAUUAAUUACAUUAAUUGUAUUAUGUUGAUAAGUAACUGACAAAAUACUCAAAAGUGUCUGUAUAUUGAAAUAAUUUUCAUCUUGUUAAAGUUAUAUUUAUGAUCUGAACACAAUAUUGUAUUAAUCAAAUAUCAAGUUGAGAGACAUUGAGAUUAUCUAGUGUUCCAUUUACAUAUAAACUGUGGGCAUUUCUGGCAUAUUUUUCAUUUUGCAUUCAUAUUGCAUUAAUUCUGCAAAGGAUGAGCAAAACAACUACCGGUAGUUGAAAACAAAACAAAAUAUUUUUGAAGUCUGCAAACUAAUCUGCCAACACAAAAAUGUAUACUGGAAAAAAGUAUAUUUCAUUAAGUCAUGAACGAUACAUUUGUUGACAUCAGCCCUCACAGUAAAUAUCUACAUUAAUUUAAUUCCGGAUGUGAUUAACAAUCUGUUAUUGAUGUCAAUUGUACAAAAAAUUAUAAACACAUUUGUAGGCAUCUUGAAACUAACCAGAAACAAGUCUUUAUAAGUGAAAUAGUUUUAUAGUCAUGUUUCAUGUUUUAUUGAGGUAAAAAAGAGUCAAGUCCAAUUCAACUUU